CUCCUCUCCUGCAGAUGCCUGCUCGAUGGGCGGGAGGAAGGGGUCUCGUCCACCUUUCUCGCCCCACGGCUGCACCCGGAGACCCUGAGGUUCACUGUGGACGCCUUCCGAUUCACCGGAGAGGCCCAGGAAAGGAUUUACAUAACCUGCUGUCUGAAAGUCACCCCCGGAAACCAGCCACCUGAUGUUUUGAACAAAGCUUGUUCCUUCAAUGCAGCCAGCCGUUCGUGGGUCCCUGUGGAAGGACCGAGCGCCAUCUGCGGCUGUUGUGAGACCCGGAGCCAGCAAAGCUAA